AGGGCGCAGCACCGCAAUCACUGCAGGGCGGACGCCCGGAGGUGGUACGUCGGAGGUUGCGCGUCGCGAGCGGUUCCCACGGUCUUGCCACCACUUGUCGCUGUCGCCGCCGUGGUCACCCGCCGCAGGUGUCUGCGGUCGAAUGCCGGGGCACAGAAUGAUUUGGGGAAUAGCCAUGUUGCUCAGCCUGACGCUGGGAGCGGGGGCUGUUCCCGAGGACGACCCCGAGGACGGAGGCAAGCACUGGGUGGUCAUCGUCGCGGGCUCGAACGGCUGGUUUAAUUACAGGCACCAGGCCGACGCGUGCCACGCCUACCAGAUCGUCCACCGCAACGGGAUCCCUGACGAGCAGAUCGUUGUGAUGAUGUACGACGACAUCGCCAACGCUGAAGACAACCCCACGCCGGGAGUCGUGAUCAACAGGCCCAACGGCUCGGACGUGUACGCGGGCGUGCUGAAGGACUACACCGGGGAGGAUGUCACACCGGAAAACUUCCUUGCUGUGCUGAGAGGCGAUGCGGAAGCGGUGAAGGGCAAAGGCUCUGGAAAGGUCUUGAACAGCGGCCCCCGGGACCACGUGUUCGUUUACUUCACUGACCACGGAGCCACGGGGCUACUGGCUUUUCCCAACGAUGACCUUCACGUGAAGGACCUGAACGAGACCAUCCGUUACAUGCACAAACACAAAAAGUACCAAAAGAUGGUGUUCUACAUCGAAGCCUGUGAGUCUGGGUCCAUGAUGAAGCACCUGCCCACCAACAUCAACGUGUAUGCAACUACUGCUGCCAAUCCCGACGAGUCGUCCUACGCCUGUUACUACGACGAGGAGAGGUCCACCUACCUGGGGGACUGGUACAGCGUCAACUGGAUGGAAGACUCAGACGUGGAGGAUCUGACCAAGGAGACCCUCCAUAAGCAGUACCAGCUGGUGAAAUCCCACACCAACACCAGCCACGUCAUGCAGUAUGGAAACAAGUCGAUCUCUACCAUGAAGCUGAUGCAGUUUCAGGGGACGAAACACAAAGCCAGUUCUCCUAUCUCGCUGCCUCCAGUCCAACGCCUUGACCUUACCCCAAGCCCCGAGGUGCCCCUCAUGAUCAUGAAAAGGAAACUGAUGUCCACCAAUGACCUGCAGGAGUCCAGGCGUCUCGUUGAGGCGAUCCACAGGCACCUGGAGAGCAGGAACGUCAUGGAGAAGUCAGUGCGGAAGAUCGUGUACCUGGUCACGGGGUCUGAUGACGAGGUAGAGAGGCUGCUGUCCGAGAGAGCCCCGCUCACGGCGCACGACUGCUACAAGGCGGCGGCCACGCACUUCCGCACGCGCUGCUUCAACUGGCACUCCUCCACGUACGAGUACGCUUUGCGACACCUGUACGUGCUGGUCAACCUCUGCGAGGAGCUGCACCCCAUCGACAGGAUAAAGUCGGCCAUGGACCAGGUGUGCCUGGGCUACUACUGAACUGCCACCUUCCUGCUGCUCUUCCACGUGUGAGCACUUUCCCCGAGAGCACGUGUACCGAUUGGAAGUGGAUGGAGCUCGAGGGAGGCCGGGCUGCACUCCAGGCUGUUCCCUGCCUCCGGUCUCCCACGGCCUCGUGCAGCGCUCCGGGGGGCACACGGACUUGGCUGGGCACAGCUCCGUGCUGAGAAAGGCCAAUCUGCCUUGGGGGACCCUUUUUUGCUUAUUUGUUUUCAGGAACAGGAAGUUCACUUGGGCCUCUGUAGCCAGUGAAAGAAUCCCUCCCCGUGCCGAGGAGUUUGAAGCUGGGGUCUCUUAAGUCUUCAAAAUGAUUUUGUUGAAGGGCAAUGGAAGCCCCGGAUGGAAAGCUGUUGUUAGAUACGUUUUGAUUGCUUUUAUGUUUUAUUUCUCAGUAAUGAACAAGUCUUGAAAAAUAAAGAUUGUGACUGAACCCGUGUCUUAAUUUCGGGCGUUGACUGUUCAGUGUCUGCCCUGGUCUCCCCUCCCGCCACUCUGCAUCUGCCCCUCUGCCCCUUGGACCCCCCAGCCUCCCGUGCCUUUGCCUCCUGGUCCCCCUCUGGCCCCACAGUGCCUUGCCCUCCAUCCGACGGAUCCUCAAGGUGUAUCUGGAAGUGCUGUUUCUCCCUGGAACCUUCUCCAGCUUCCUCCUCCCCCACCCAGCAAAGGUCUUCUCUCCUCUACCUGCACUGUGUUUGCAUCUCAACAGCAGGGGCAAGGGCACCCCUUAACCAGGUGUAGGGCAUAUGGAGAGUGUUUUUAAAGUGAUGGAAAUGCUCAAAAAUCGAUUGUUGUGAUGAUUAUAGAACUCUUCAGUGUACGAAACCCCAUCGAAUUGUACAUGCUGAGUGGAAGUUACGUGGUCUGUUCAUUAUCCUUCAAUAAAGCUGUUUUUCAAACUGA